AUGGCGAAUGUAGAUGGAGAUGAGUCCAGAAGUUCUCUCCCAAGUUCUUAUCAUGAUCAGUUAUACACAGAGCUGUGGAAGGCUUGUGCAGGUCCAUUAGUGGAUGUUCCUCUUGUUGGAGAGAGAGUUUACUACUUCCCUCAGGGUCACAUGGAACAACUUGUGGCUUCAACUAAUCAAGGAAUUGAAUCAGAGAAAAUACCUGAUUUUAAACUUCCUCCCAAGAUACUUUGUCAAGUUCUUAGUGUGAUGUUAAAGGCAGAGCAUGAAACAGAUGAGGUCUACGCUCAGAUCACAUUAAAACCAGAGGAAGAUCAAAGUGAACCUACUAGUCUUGAUCUACCAGUUGUUGAACCAACAAAACAGAUGUUCCACUCCUUUGUUAAGAUUCUAACAGCUUCAGACACAAGCACCCAUGGUGGAUUCUCUGUUCUUCGUAAACACGCCACUGAAUGCUUGCCUGCCUUGGACAUGACACAGGCUACUCCUACUCAAGAACUUGUGACUAGAGAUCUUCAUGGGUUUGAAUGGAGGUUUAAGCAUAUAUUCAGAGGACAACCUAGGAGACAUUUGCUUACUACAGGUUGGAGCACAUUUGUCUCCUCAAAAAGACUUGUAGCUGGAGAUGCUUUUGUGUUCUUGAGGGGUGAGAAUGGGGAUUUAAGAGUUGGAGUGAGGCGUUUAGCUAGGCAUCAGAACACCAUGCCUGCUUCAGUUAUCUCAAGUCAGAGCAUGCAUUUGGGAGUCCUUGCUACAGCUUCUCAUGCUGUUAAAACCGAAACAAUGUUUCUUGUGUUUUACAAGCCUAGGAUAAGCCAAUUCAUAGUAGGAGUAAACAAGUAUAUGGAAGCUAUGAAGCAUGGAUUCUCUCUUGGUACCAGAUUCAGAAUGAGAUUUGAAGGAGAAGAGUCUCCUGAGAGAAUAUUUACUGGUACUAUUGUGGGAAUUGGAGAUCUGUCUCCACAAUGGCCAGCUUCUACAUGGAGAUCACUGCAGGUCCAAUGGGAUGAGCCAACAACGGUUCAAAGACCAGACAAAGUCUCACCAUGGGAGAUUGAGCCUUUCUUGCCAUCUUCCCCAGCUUCAACACCUGCUCAACAAUCACAACCCAAAAGCAAGCGGUCAAAACCCAUUGAAUCAUCGGUUUUGAGUCCAGGUCAAGCUAGUUUCUUUCACAGCUUCCCUCAGAGCCAAGAUCCAUCAACUGAGAGAUACUUAGGCGUCCAAGCUGAGCCUCCUCCUGCGAGUUCUUGCUAUAGGUUGUUUGGAUUUGAUCUCACUAGCAACCUUCCUGCUCCAAUACCUCGAGACAAGCAACCGAUGGAUACUUGUGAAGCUUCCAAGUGUCAAGACCCCAUCACUCCUAACUCAGCUGAUGAGCCAAAGAAGCAACUAACAUCAAGAACUCGAACCAAGGUGCAAAUGCAAGGGAUAGCUGUUGGUCGUGCGGUGGAUUUAACGCUGUUGAAAUCAUAUGAUGAACUGAUUAAGGAGCUUGAGGAGAUGUUUGAGAUAAAAGGACAGCUUCUUCCUCGAGAUAAAUGGAUCGUUGUGUUCACUGAUGAUGAAGGUGACAUGAUGCUUGCUGGAGAUGAUCCAUGGAAUGAGUUUUGUAAGAUGGCAAAGAAGAUAUUUAUAUAUUCGAGUGAUGAGGUUAAGAAGAUGACUACAAAAAUGAAGAGUUGUUCGUCGUUAGAGAAUGAAGUAAGCAUGGAUUAAUAAUCUGUCAUUGUGGAGUCAUAAUCUUCGUUAGGUGUGAGAGUUUAGUAGUUGUGUUUAAUUAAGGUUAUUCGGAGACAUGGUUUUAGUAACUUUGGUCGCAAGGUUCUGUCUCUAAUAGACUCAAGAUUUUUCUAAUCUGUGUAUAUAAAACGUCUUUCAUGAUCUUUCGGCCUUUGUUCAUCAUAAUGGGCUAAUGGGCCAUUGAAUAAUGGGCUAAUGGGCCAGUGAAUAAUGGGCCGUGUUGUUGUAGAUGUAGUCUGUGGUUGUGAGGUGAAUUUAUUCCGACUAAUCUUCUCAACA